AUCUUGGGCCUCGAAAAGUUGCUCAACAUGGCGGCUUUUGUCCUCUCGUCGCUUGUGUGGUCUCUGAACGGCAUAUAAAGACUCUCGUCCAACCCACCUUCCCAUCUCUUCUCAUCCACCAAAACACCAACCAACUUUCCUUCUUACAAAAAAGCAAGCGUCAGCUGCACCAGUCAACACACUCACUACUCACCACUGCUUUACGCAUCACCACAUCACCCAACACCCACAUAUCAAAAUGUUCGCCAAGCUCUUUGCCGCUCUCUUCGCCGCCUCCGUCGUCCUCGCUGCUCCCAUCGAGUCUAUGGAGAAGCGUAUCAUGCACUCUGGCCGUGCUACCUACUACACCGUCACCGGUACUGGCUCCGCUUGCGAGUACACCGUCACCGACUCCGACUUCAUUGUCGCCCUCAACAAGCCCCAGUACACCCUCCACAACGGUGGCAACUGUGGUCAGUACCUCACCAUCACCAACACCAACAACGGUAACACUGAGACCGCCUACGUUGCCGACGAGUGCCCCGAGUGCAAGGACGGUUCCCUCGACAUGAGCCCCGCCCUCUUCUCCGCCCUCAACGACGGUGACAUGGACGCCGGUGUCUUCCCCAUCUCUUGGCACUUCCUCAAGAGGGACGACUAAGCGCAUCGCAUCUUUGCCUUGCCCUUCUCUGUCGACUCUCUUCCUUCUUCAUCCACCUUCAAUUCUUGGCUAGUCCAACCCUUAUAGUUCUUAUCCCGUAGCAAGUCUACACCCUUUCAUUCUUACAACAGCUGGUCUUACCAUUAUAGUAGUCAAGCCCUGGCGCCUUGUUCAACUAUCGUCAUCACGUAUAACGACUAGAAUCUUUAUCUUUUUUUGGGCGCUCUUGGUUUAUUACUCUCUACAUUCACUUAAUCUCACGAUUUACUGUAUAAUAUAUAUACGCCAAACGAUGCUUGAUGCAGAAAUGAGUGUG